UAUCUAGUGUGUGUGGGGAGAGAAAGAGUGAAUGAAAAUUGAAGAUUGGAGAAGAGACAGGGAGAGAAGUGUACAGAUUUUAUUCUCUCUCAGUUAAAUAUCUGACUGCUCUCUUCAAGGCUUAAAAUAAGUUAGAAAACCUAUUGCAGAUGGUUUAACCUGGACAUACAGCACACUGUGGGGGUUUGGAGGUUAUCCCAAUGGAUACUGUUAUAGCUGCAUGGGUUGCAUUAUGCUCCCAUUUUACUAAUGAACACAAGGACACUGUAGGACAGAAGGAGGUGUUUAGUGAUCAUGGCGGCCACUAAGAGAAUGACAAGCACGCCGGACUGCAUCUGCUCCACUGACAACAGGGUAAAGAAGGGCUGUGCUGCUGGUGAGAGAAGUGAUUUCCAUAUUGCAUUAGUGGAAAAAAAGGAAGCUGGACAAAGAAGAGAGGAAGCACCAAAACUCCCCUUCACCCCAUUAGACAACCUGAGCAACCAAGAUUCACACAUAAUGGCUUACAGGAGGUCGAGCUUUAACCCUCACAGCAAUGAGAACACUCUCCUGGUGGGCAACAAGCUCCCCAGAUCCAAUGUAGGCAAAAUAAAGGACAAGAUUUCUCUGUGGGAGGGGAAGGAACCUACUCAUUUACCUAUUACCUCAAGUUCUUUGGGCCAGUGCGCCAGUAUAAAAAGGACAGAAUCGCUUACAAAAAACAGUAAAACUUCUGAUGAGCAGAGUGCAGAGAGUUGCAAGAGAGUAGCCCAUAAGGAAAAGGAAAAUCUUGGGAAAGAGAAUGUAGUGAAACUUGGGGAUUCAAGGCCUUGUUCACCUGUUGAAACUGGGAAACAGCAAAAAGGGACGCUCAAGAGCAGCAAGUCCAGUGAGUUACAAAACAGGGAGGAUUGCGGCAGAGUUGUCCACAAGGAAAAGCAAAAUCAUGAGAAAGAGAAUGUAGAAAAGCUCGUGGAUUCAAGGCCUUGUUCUCCUACAGUAGCAGCACAGCAGCAGGUGGGCACGUUGAGGAAAAGCAAUGAAAGGCGAACAGCCGAACAAAACAGCCAGGAGAAGAGAGCUGUAUUCACCCUUUUUAAAAACCUGGAUGCUAUGGGGGAGAACCAUGGGAGAACUCCUCCGGAGCUGGGAAACUACUUCAGUCUGCCUAGCAAGGACAAACAGGUAGUUAUGGGUCAAACUAGUGCAGUGAAAGGGAAGCAGCAGCAGGAGAAUGUGUACACAGAGCCAGGGGCGCCCCCCAUCAACCCAGUCCCCAAACCCCAACGUACCUUUGAGCAUCCAGCUACCGCCCCCAUUGGGAAGAGUCAGAGGCUGGGAAGAGAGCAGAGGAACCUCCCCCCACUGCCCUCCAUCUCUAUGAAAACCUCCUCCAAACCUCCCUCUGGUGUAUACGGGAGACCCAGGGGUGAGAGAGGCCGAGACAACGUCGACAGGAAAUCCUUUGAGUUGGAAGACCUUGCAGGGUCAACUAGCCCGCUGUUCUCUCGCUCACUGUCUCAGGAACAUCACUAUGAAGACAUCCCAGACUCAUCCAAAGAGAACCCAUAUGAGGACAUAGAGCUGGAGAGUCAAUGCUCCCAGCAGUCUCUGCCCUCCUCUCCUGGUGCCGAUACUGCCAAGACUUCGAGGCCCGGCUUCUUUAGGCAGAAUUCAGGCAGGAGCUUGAAGCUGCUGGACCUGCGGAGAACCAAUCAGUCGUCCAACAGCACCAGCAGCGGGGGUGUUUCAUCUCCACCUCAGCUCAGCCGUCCCUCCACUCCCACUGGGCCUGAACACACUUCCUGGCUGCCCGGGGAUCCCUACAGCCGCACCUGCCGCAGGAUACCAACGGUUGUACUAAGAAUCAACAGCAUCUUUGAUGCUCGGAUCGGGAAGAAACAUCUACGAAGGAUCUAUCAUUACGCUGAGACAAGCUCAGGGAGAGUAACAGAUGAGAACAGUGACUCUGAGAGUGAAGUUGAAGAAAGAUCUAAAGCUCAUCGUCAGCGUCAGCGUCUCGUGUCAGUCCAGUCCAAACUGAGCCAGCCAAGCAAGGCCCACUACAACGGUACCAACACCAGAAGCAGCUCUCUCGAACAGGAGCUUCACCAGCGUCUGCUUUUUGAAUAUUUUCUAGUUGUGUCGCUGCAGAAGUCCAAGGCUGGAGCCCACUAUCUGCCCGAGGUCACACAGCAGUUCCCCCCGAAGUUGGAGCGGAGCUUCAAGUUCAUGAGAGAGACGGAGGAUCAGCUGAGGAUCAUUCCUCAGUUCUGUUUCCCUGAUGCAAAAGACUGGGAGCCGGUGGAGAACUACCCAAGUGAAAUGUUCUCCUUUGUUUUGACUGGAGAGGAUGGAAGCAGGAGGUUUGGAUACUGCCGGCGUUUACUGCCUAGUGGAAAAGGUAAACGUCUACCAGAGGUCUACUGUAUUGUCAGUCACCUUGGCUGUUUCAACCUGUUCUCCAAGGUGCUGGAUGAGGUGGAGAGGCGGAGGGCCUUGUCUCCAGCCCUUGUGCAGCCUUUUAUGAGAGCCAUCAUGGAGGCUCAGUUUCCAGCUCCAGGCAGAACCAUCACCAUUAAAACUUUCCUCCCUGGCUCAGGCACUGAAGUGAUGGAGCUCUGUCGACCCUCUGACUCGCGCCUGGAGCAUGUGGACUUUGAGUGUCUGUUCUCCUGUCUGAGUCUUCGCCUGCUCCUCCGGGUGUUGGGGUCUCUGCUGCUGGAGCGAAGGGUCAUCUUCACAGCUGACAAACUCAGUACUCUCUCCCAGUGCUGCCAUGCUGUUGUGGCGCUGCUUUACCCCUUUGUAUGGCAGCACACUUACAUCCCUGUGCUGCCCUCAGCAAUGCUCGACAUCGUCUGCACUCCAACCCCGUUCAUCGUUGGCCUGCUGUCCAGCUCCCUGCCCCAGCUCACUGAGCUGCCCCUGGAGGAGGUUCUGGUUGUGGAUCUUGGAAACAGUCGAUUUCUCAGACAGUUGGACGAUGAGGACUCCAUUCUGCCUUCUAAGCUCCAAUCAGCCCUGGAGAAUGUUCUGGAGAGGAGGAGAGAGCUCGCCAAUGACAGAGGAGGAGACACAUCUGGUGAUUCUGGCCAUCUUAGCACCGUUGUGUCCGAGGCUUUCGUUCGUUUCUUCGUGGAGCUGGUAGGCCACUAUCCACUCUUCAUCACCGGUGAACGGGAAGACGGCUACUCCUCCUCUUCUUCCUCCCCGGUCCCCUGCUCCUUUCAGCGCGAGGGUUUUCGUAAAGCGAUUCCGUCCAAGACUGUGCGGCGCUUCCUGGAGGUCUUCAUGGAGACCCAGAUGUUCGGCUGGUUCAUCCAGGAGAGAGAGCUGCACAGGCAGGCUCUGAGAGGACUGUUUGAAGUGAGGGUGCAGGAGUAUCUAGACUCCAUCCACGAGAAUGAACACCGGAGGGUUAACAGGUUUCUCAAAGGCUUGGGAAACAAAAUGAAAUUUCUUUCCAAGAAAUAAUGCCACUACAAUUGCACAAAAAGAGACACAAACUACAAAGAAGAAGCACUGAAACAAGGAAAGACUUUACUGCAGAAAUCCAAAUUUUUUUUUUUAGAUUGUUCACGCCAUCCUCAUCUGUGUCAAUGUGUGAGACUUUUGCUCAUGGACUCAUGAUAGACACAAGGAAACUGUGGUGAAUCACAAAUUGUUCCCAUCAAAGGAAAAUCCUGCUGUAAUUCACAUAAAUAAAGAAACGUGGGGCUGUAGACUCAGAAAUAUUUAAGAGGUUCCUGGAUGUUUUGCUUUUUAAAUUCUAUAUUCUUCAGGCAACAACAUUCCUGAGAACAAAUGUAUAAAAAAUAAAAUUGGUCUUAGGUAUACUGCUGUAAGCUACAUAUGGCUGACACAUUUAAGGGAAAACGUGAAUAUGUUAGAAUGGAAUGUGAAUACUUCUAUUCAGGGCACAAGGGGUCACUGAAUGGUUUGAUGAGUACGAAAAUUAGGUAUGUAGGAUGUUAGUCAGUCAGCCUUUGUAUGCACUGUAACUGGACUUGAAAGUUUACAGUCAUGGUAUUUUCUGAAUCCACUAGGGGGCAGUAGUAUAUUUUCUCUGAUUCGAUGAUCUUGACACUGUCAGUGACGGACCAGAAAAAGACAAAGACCUGCUUUCCCGCUCUUUAAUGCUAUAAUUUUCUUUUAGUCAUAACAGUGACAACAUCACAAGUAAAUAAAUAAAAUAAAUAUAUAAAUAUUCUCUG